AUGCGGUACGAGACAGUAUUGAAUUUUUGCAAUAUCGCUUCCUCUCUCAAAACAGUGGAAAAGUGGUCUAAGCUGUUUCGUGAUGGUCGAGAAGAAAUCGAAGAUGAAGCACGAUCUGGUAGACCCAUUACCGAAACGACAUUUGAAAAUAUCGAACGAAUUCGUCUUCUUAUCGAUGAUGAUUCUUAUCUCACAAUAGAAGAAUUAGAAUACGAAACUGUUUUAGGUUGUGGCACAACUCGUCGAAUCAUCGUCGAGCAUCUGAACCUGAGAAAAAUCACGACAUGUUAUGUACCAAAAGAUCUAACCAAUUUACAACGGAUUGAACGAGCUCGGAUAUGUAAAGAAAACUUGGCAAAAUUUCAGCUUUCAUAUGGAACGCGUGCUACUGAAAUUCAUCAUGGAAAUAGAAAACUACAUAUUCAUAAAGAUGCAGCUAUUUAUCUUCAAUCAGAAGGUCUCACAGUGAAAUCACAUCCAGCCAACGUUUCCGACUUGUCACCUAUCCAAUUUGAGUUGUUAGACUUUAUCAAAGAAAAUCUGACUGAUUACAAUGAUUCAUAA